CCUUCAACUAUCCUUCCAUUCUUACCAAAACCAGAACACUCAAGAAAAGAAACAAGAAGACGAAGAGGGAUAGAGAUUUUCUUUACCUCUUGGCUGUGUUAAAUCAUGUCCAGCCCCGGCGAUUGGCUUCAAUUUUACCAUCAAAAUCUUUCUACCACGGCGCCGCCACCACCUUCCGAUUUACCCACCUCCUCUGCAACGAUCUUUGCAGAACGAGUAUCAGACGCCACCGCCGUCCCCACUACUUCCGCUGCUAUCAUCGGAAGUUCGGCUGGAAACACCGGCUUGAAUCCGGAAGGUCGUGUCGGAAAGCCGAUUCGUCGCCGGUCCAGAGCGUCACGGCGGACUCCGACAACGUUGCUCAACACAGAUACGACGAAUUUCAGAGCGAUGGUUCAGCAAUUCACUGGCGGUCCGACUUCUUCUUCCGCCUCAUCGAUUUCCCCCAAUUUUCCGCUAGGGUUCCGCGGGAUUUGUCAAUCGAAUUUCGGCACUCCACCGAACGCCGUGAUUUCUCCACCGUCUGAUUAUCUACAACUGCCGCAGUUUUAUCAUUCCCACCCCCAGCCGUUCAUGUUUCCGGCCGCUGCACAUGGCGGAGACUUUCUGCAGAGGAUAUCCGUUGCGAGGCCGGCUAAUGACGGAGUCGCUGGAGAUGGAUUUCUGAUGGAAAGUGCGGUUUCUUCUCAAAUUCCUACCACCGGAGCUUCUGCAGAUUCCUCCAACAAGACCAAUCACGGUAAUGGUGCCUCACUGUUCUAACGCCGGCGAAGGAACUCCGACGCCGAUGCCUAAUCCGAUUAAUUUUUUAGUUUGUAGAAAUUUAUAGGGCUUUUGCACAUCUGAUAAUUUGAUAUAUAUUUUUAGGAUUUUUUUAGUUUUUUCUUUAGUGGGUAUAUUGAGAUAAUACUAGAAGAAAUAGGGAUUUGGCUUUUUUAUUUU